UGCUCUGCCCGCUCGCUCACUUCGCACAACGCCUUCCGCUAACCCUAAUCCCCUUCCUCUCCACCUCCCCCGGCGGUCGAUCGGCCGCCGGCGCCCGAUCGGCCGCCGGCGCCCGACCAUGGCCCCGACGGCGCCGCAUCUCUUCGACGAGAUCCUGGAGGAGAUCUUCCUUCGCCUGCCCACCCCGGCCGGGCUCGCCCGCGCCUCAACCGCGAGCCCCCGUUUCCGCCGCAUCAUCGCCGAGCGCUCCUUCCUCCGCCGCUUCCGCGCUCUCCACCCGCCGCCACUCCUGGGAUUAGCCAUCGACAAAGGUGGAUUCCAUCCAGCCGAGGAACAUCAUCCCUCCGCCCCGCUCGCCCGUGCCCUCGCCGACGCCGCAGAUUUCUCCUACUCCUUCGUCCCCAAGCCCGACAAGGCUUGGCUCACCCCCUGGUACCUCCGCGACGUGCGCGACCGCCGCAUCCUCCUCGAGUGCAGCUGCCGGUUUGACAUCGACCCGGUCUUCACAAACCUCGCGGUGUGCGAUCCCUUGUCACGGAGAUACGUGCUGCUCCCGCCCAUACCCGAGGAAAUGACCGUCCAGCAGGAGCGCCUUGUCGAAUUUGCGCCUAUGCUGGUUCCCAUUGGCGAGGAGGAGGAGGAGACCUCGUUCAGGGUCAUCUGCACGCCACGCUACAAAAGCAAGUUGGUCAUGUUUGUCUUCUCUUCCAUCACCGGACAAUGGUGUAUUGCUGCAUCUCCCAGCUGGAGCUCUUUGGGCAUAGUUGAGCCCCCUUGUAAUGGCUUGUCCCAUUUCAACUACGUGCGUGGCUGCUUCUAUUGGCCGGCUCUUUGGAAGGACAAGUUGCUCAUGCUGGACACGCGCUUAAUGGAGUUCUCCAUUGUCAACAUUCUCACCGGCUACCAUGUGCAGCUUAUAAACCAGCCUGGACAGAGUGUAUGCAUGUCUACUAUUGUUGAUGGUACAGAAGGGGCCCUUGAGAUGUUUACUCUUGUCGGUAGUUACAGCUAUGCCACGUUUCAUCUCUAUCAUACCACUCAACAAAACAACGGCGAAUCUCCCAAAGAGUGGCAGCUGAAAAAUGUUAUAGCAUUGCCUCCUCAAUGUCACUAUUUCGCUGUGGGUGCAACUGAGAGAUUCUUAUUCCUUCGAUGUAUUCGAAUAGCUCAGUGGGAUGAUAAUGCACAUGGGUUGUUGCCCGAGGAUAACGAGUUUGAUUUGUUUUCUCUGGAUGUCAAGACCUCAGAACUUAAGAAGGUCUGUAGGGCAAAACACUAUUAUCCUCCCAAUCUAGUUCACUCCUACUUUGGCUUCCCACCAUCAUUGUCGAAACCGAGUCUAUGAACUACAAAGAGGUAAGCCUGUUGUCACAGUAGUGCUUAUACUGUUGGGGAUUCUCUCCUGGCAAGCUUAUGCUGUUUACAACAACAACAACAACAAAAAGCCUUUAGUCCCAAACAAGUUGGGGUAGGCUAGAGGUGAAACCCAUAAGAUCUCGCAACAAGCUUAUGCUGUUUGUAUUUAAGAAUUAUGGUGCUUUGUUGUCUUUAUAAUGUAGAAAGUUAAUGGUUCAUGCUACCGGAAAGAA